AUGUCUAUCGUGACUGUCCAUUUACGAGGCGAGUCCAUUAGCAUCAUAGAUUCCCUAAUCUCGAGGGAGGUAUCAUCCAGAUUGGGCAGUCGUGACGGUCUAUGCAACCUUGCCCUUGCUGGACCCACUGCCUCUCAUUUCGGGCUAUCAGUGAACGAGAACUGCGACCCUACAGUGCAGAGCGACCAUUUAGCAGCAUUCAGACGGCUGGACCCAAGAGGUUGCCAGUCAGGACCUGUAUUAGCACGAGGAUCCAUGUCACUACCGGUUAGGAAAGGUCAGCUUAAGCGAGGUAUAUAUCUGAUAAACACCUCUAAAGUGGACACUAAGGCCUCUAUUGCCAUCACUUGCAUACCAGCAGUAUCGACAUCGCAGUUUACCCUCUCUGGUGGGGGUAGGGGUUCCCAUAGCAUUCCUAAAGACAAGUGGUAUAAGUUCCUUUCCAAUGGGGAUGCCAUCGUGAACUUCUGUGAACUGCACACCUCUGCAUCGCUGUCAAUGCUCAAGCCUGAUUGUGCUAACACUUUGGAGGAUGCUAUGUCGAGGGUUGUCCCGGAAACGUGGAAUAUGGAGAUUUUUCAACACGUCUACGAGGGACCAGAUGAUAUGCCGGGCCAUAUGAAGUGCACACUCCUGGGAUGUAGCCAUUCAUUAUCCUCACAUGCCCUGAGUGACCCUAAUGGUCCUCGCCCCUACCUUACCGAGCAUAGGAACUCUGGUGGAUGGGGUGUGGGCCACACUCGGACAGUGGAACUCACUACCGUUCCAGCCGCCCACAAGCCUAUUGUAUCCACGAUCAAGUAG